AUGAUCGUAAUGCCGUUGUUUGGCGACCAAUACGAUAACGCGCAGAGAGUGCACGAAAAGGGUUAUGGGAUUAGACUUAAUCCGCAUACAGUUUCUGAGCGGGAAUUAUUGGAUUCAAUCGAUGUCUUAUUGAAUGAUAAGAAUUUGAUGAACAGAUUAUCGAUGGCAGCGAUGCGGAUUCUUAAAAUAAUGGACCCAGUGCAAAUUGUUGAAUUAUUGGUCACCGACCCUGAUGACGACACCACAUAUAUACUAAAAGAGAAAAAAUUGAACAAACUAUGUGAUCAAUUAGGCAAUCGACCCCUCGCUGUGAUCAAUGUUGUGGGCAAAUCGCGUACGGGUAAAUCAUUCAUGCUCAAUUAUCUUGGCCGUUAUAUUAUGAAGAAACUUCAGCAUAAGAUAGCCGCCCGAUCAGCAACACCUCUCACGGGUUUUGAGUGGAAUAAUGACUCAGAUUUGGUGACAAAUGGCAUUUGGUUUUCACAGCCACUGAUCGUAACCAAAGAAUCGGGCGAAGAGUUGGCCAUCAUUUUAGUAGACACUCAGGGACUGUACGACAAGAACUUCCCGGUAUCGGACUCGUCGGCCAUCGUUGGCCUGAGUCUACUCAUGUCGUCAUUACUCAUAUUUAACGUGUUUAGCGACUUGGAGGGGAAGACUGGACAAAGACUCACAAACACCACGCGAGGCGAAGGGGGCGAAGGGGGUCAGCAAUACCUAGAGAGCAGGUUUCAAGUGAAGCGCAUGCAUACGGCCAGCGCCCGGAGCGCCCGCCAAAACAUACGUAACAGUUUUGAUGCCAUUGACUGCUACCUAAUGCCGGAGAGGGGACCGGCGGCACAGGGGCUGGGGUUUGAUGGCCGCCGAGAUAUGCUUAGCCCGCAAUUUAUUGAAAUACUGGAUGAGUUUUGCCAGACUGUUGUGGCGCCUGACCUGUUGGAGCCCAAGUCCAUAGGCGGCCGCCCGUUGACGGGCCGAGCGUUUGGACAGUACCUGAAAAUCUACGUGAAUAUUGUAACAGUGCGAGUCGAGAGGUGUGCGCGCGACUGGAAGGCUCAGGGCUCGACCGGACGUCGCAAUAUGUUUAACAGCGGUCAGGUGCGCGCAUGCAAUAUGUCGGACGCCUCGUAUAAGUUUGCUGAUCAUAAUCUAAUUACUCAGAUUAAGGACGAAUAUGAGGCUAAAUUAGUGGCACUUAUGGCGGACGACCAGCAGGUGUUGAGCGCACAGGACUUGAUGGCAGAGACGGACGCUUUGGCCGACGAGUGUCGACAAAAGUUUGAAUCCCAGAAAAAGUCAGUAAACGAUCGAACGAUACGGGAGUUACGGGAUAUGAUGGCCGCGGCGUUGACCGCAACCGCCAAACAGGCGCUCGACGAUAAUGAACGGCGAAUACAGCGGUUAAAGGAACUAUUCGUUGACCAAACAAAGUCGUACCAUUUAGACGAUUUAGAGCUAGAACACACUGAUACCGUCACCUUUGUGCUAUCACAAUUAGAUCAAUACCACACCAACAAUCACCUAGUGCCAAUCGGCCAAUACAAGUCCAUACUGCGUGACUACUGCCGGGGCCGGUACGUCGACUAUCGAGACAAAAACCAGACCCGACGCCAAUUGGCCGAAGUGGAGGCCCGGCAACAGUUGCAGGACCUGUGCAACCAAUACGACCUCGAGUUGGAGCGCUUGAUUAAGUUGGGCGCCGGCGGUGCCGACACUUUUGACGAGUUCAAAGCCGAGGCCAAAGUGGUCGGCCAACGGGUGUUGGCCGAGUAUCUGGAGGGUCGCCACCGGGCGCUCAGUACCCUAAACACCCGCGAUGUGACCGCGCGUUUAUACGAACUUCUCGCCGAGUCGGAGCACGUAUUUCUGGAGCAAAAACGUGUGGAACGGAUAUCUGUAGAUCAGCUCAUAGACACAGUCCUACGCCUGUAUACGGAACGUAUGGGUAAACGCCGGGCUAACACCGCCUACGUUUGGGCCGAUCGGCUCAAACAAAUGCACGACAAUCUGGUGGCUGACCUGAUCAAAGAGCACCGGGACCGGCGUGGUCAUUUAACCGACAACAAAUUCACCCAGCUCAUCACCGAUCUGUUGGACACCGCGUAUUGUACAGUAAGCGAUGAUAACGCUAAAAACACGCCAACCCUGCCGGCCAUCGGCAUUGACUUGGGCACCACCAACUCGUGCGUAGCCUACUAUCGGCCCGACACCCGACAGGUGGUGGUGUUCGAGUCGGACACCGGCCGCCGGACCACACCAUCGGUUGUGGAGUAUAGGGUAGAGGACGGCGAGAAAAUUGUGGGCGACACCGCCCGCUACAACACACUCUCCGCCCCGCGACAAACCGUAUACUCCGUGAAGCGUCUGAUUGGCCGCAAAUUCAGCUCCAGGGAAGUGCGCGACGACCGCGACAACUGGCCUUUUCGGGUGGUCAACAUGGGUCAGGACGAGCCGGGCGUAGAAGUGGAGACGGGUCCCGGCGGUCAGACCGACAGGUUUAUGCCCGAAGAGGUGUCGGCACAUGUGUUGAAAAAGAUAAAAGAGACCGCCGAGAGAGGGCUGGGAGGAGGCGGCGACGGUGGGCAGGGGGUAGUCAUCACUAAUUGCGUGAUCACUGUUCCCGCGUAUUUCAAUGACGCCCAGAGGGACGCGACGAAAGGGGCGGCCACUAUGGCUGGGCUUAAAGUGUUGAAGAUUAUCAACGAGCCCACAGCGGUCGCACUCGCCUAUCAGCUCAAUCGGUUUGAUAACGUACGCGCCAAGACCGUGCUCAUAUACUAUUUCGGUGGCGGCACAUUUGACGUGUCGCUAUUGGCCAUAGACUGCGGCGAAGUGAACGUACUGGCGGUGGGCGGCGACAAUCACCUAGGUGGUGACGACGUAGACAAUCUAAUGAUCGCCCAUUGCAUGGCUGCGUUCGGCGGCGAACCGGUCGACAUGGAGACCGACGAGGGGUCGGUGGCGUUGCGGCGCGUGAAACGCUAGUGCGAAAGCAAAAAAUCGGAAUUAAGCAAGGCCAAUUCGGUGACCAUCAAGCUGAACAAUUUGAUCGGCACCCGGCACAUGAACGUGGAGAUCACCAGGCGCCAAUUUAACGACAUGUGCGAACACUUGUUUGCGCGUACUAUGGCGUGCGUGAACGAUGUGAUGGGUAAGGCGGGCAAAACGCCCAGGGACAUUGACGAUGUGAUCUUGGUGGGCGGUUCCACGCGUAUACCCUAUGUCCAGGAGAUGUUGGCCGAGUUUUUCGAUAAAGAACCAUGCCACACUGUUCACCCGGAUCUGGCCGUGGCCGAGGGAGCCGCCAUUCAGGCUGCGAUACUAAAUGGUAACCAGGCCCAACAACUGGGUAAUUUACGUGUGCGUGAUGUUACCCCGUUUACGUUGGGCGUACGCGGACAAGGUGACACUAUGUCGCCCAUCAUAGUGGCUCAAUCGCCUAUACCGUGCUCUAAAGCGAAAGUAUACCGUACUGUCAAAGAGUUUCAAACCGACAUCGAUGUGGUGGUGUACGAGGGCGAGGACCCGGUUGCCAGUGCUAACAGGCAGCUAGGCACAUUCACUGUGGCCGGUUUGCCACCAUUGCCGGCUGGCAGAGCGACCAUCAAGGUGGUUUUCGAUUUGAACGACGAUGGUAUUUUGAAUGUUAGGGCUGUGGACCCAAUCACUGGCCAAGCGAUCGCUGGCAUAGAAGUGGUCGAACACAAGGGCCGACUCACCGAACAGGAGUUACGGGAGCGCGCCGUUUGAAUUAAUGAUUUAUCAUGAAC